UUCAAGAGAGAGACACGACACACAAACAGUAUCCCAAAAUUCCAAAUAAAUUAAAGGAUUAGACUUUUGACCCCUUACAUUUUUUUAGGUCUGGUCCCUUCAGUCCUCUCAAGUCAUUUUGGUCCAUUCUGUUGCUUUGUGUUAAAAGAACGUUAAGUUAAUCAGACGUAGCAUACCAGUGGCUUUCUUUAUCGUUUUCACAUCAAAUGAGAUAGAAGGGAAUACGAUUGAAAGGAGGAAGAAAUAGAGAGAGAGAGAGAGAGAGAGAGAGAGAGAGAGAGAGAAGGGAAUACGAAGGAACAGAAGAACAAAAGCGAAGGUAAGAAGGAAUCAGAAUCGCAAGGGGAAUGCUAAUGUGAAACGCGAAUCAAGCUAAGGCAAGAUCAUGGCUAGUGAAAUUGCUGAGGUGAAGCCAAUCCAAUUUUUCAAGAUCAUACUUGCUCAAAACCUUCUCCAAGGAAACCUUAGGAUGCCAAGAAAGUUUGUGGAAAAAUAUGGAAAAGGUCUACCAAAAGCUAUAUGUCUAAAGACUCCAAAUGGUGCAAAAUGGAGAUUAAAUUUGGUUAAGAGUGAUGGCAAGAUAUGGUUUGAGAAGGGUUGGAAACAAUUUGCAGAGCAUCACUCUAUAGGUCAUGGCCAUCUUCUGCUUUUCAGAUAUGAAAAAACUUCCAAAUUUGAGGUACAAAUCUUUGGAAAGAGUGCUUUGGAGAUAGACUACUCUUUCAAAAGAGUUGAAUCUAAAAAGUUCUCCAAUGGUCAAGGAAAUAAGCCUCCAAAUGGUGAAAAUUGUAGAGCAGCUCAAAAGAGAAAAGCUAACUCCUCCUCUGAAUUUCAUCGACAAUGUGAAAUUGCAAGCAGUAGUUGUGUAAAAUUUGGAAAAUCGCAGAAGCUGGCUGUGCAGCAAGUUGAUAGAAUGUCCAAUGGAAAACAAGUGAUUACUACUGCUAAGAAAGUUACAACUCUUGAAAGAGCACAAUCUUUCAAAAUAUGUAAUCCAUCCUUUGUUGUUGUCAUGGGUGCAUCAUACGUUGAACGCCGUUUUCUUCUGAAUAUACCAUGUUUGUUUGGUAAGACACACUUUGAUUUGAAUAAGAAAAGAGAAGAUAUUCAACUUCAGGCGUUGAAUGGGAGAGUAUGGUCUGCUAGGUACUCUACCAGGAAUAGGACGUCCGAUAAUGGAAUAAGAUUUGAACUCACAAGUGGAUGGGAGGAGUUUGCAAAGGACAAUAACUUGAAAGUUGGUGAUGUUUGCAAAUUUGAGCUCAUCUCUAGCACUAUACUUACCUUCAUUGUUCACGUCUUUAGAGAAACAGACAAUGACAAGAAAAAGUGUUCAACAUCUCAAAAAUCUCCCCAAAUAAAGGGUGAAGCAGUUUUAUUUCUGCAAGGAUAGAGAAAGGGAAUGGAAUUGGAAAUCAUCACUAUGAUCAAAUCACCAUCAUAACCUACGAGUUUUAUUUCUUUUAACAAUUGAAAACACUACUAAGCAGUUCAACAUACGUGCACUUUAUCCUUCUUCAUCUUACUUUAUGUUUAACUUUUUGGAUGGAAAUUUUUUCAAAUCUGCAUUAUUCGGUUAAUUGAUAUUUCUUAGCCGAUGUAAAAUUUGGGGUUCACUUGUUGCUAUAGUUUGG